ACAGAGGAGAAAACACCGCGGCUUUCGGCUCCGCAUAUCAAAAAAAGAAGGAAAGGCUCCCUCUGCAAUUUCAGUGCUUUUCUCCUCUUCGCUUCGGAUUCCCAUUUUCCCACAACUCUCUGAAUCGAUUUCCUGUUUUCUUGCUCUGUUGGAAGGUGAAUCGACUAAGUGAAGAUAUGGACUCGUCGUCUACGGAGGCCGUUCCGGUAAUGCAGGAAAUACUUUUGGAAUUUCGUGCUGGAAAAAUGUGUUUUGAAGGAAAAAGGGUUAUGCCUGAUACACGUAAAGGACUUGUUCGUAUUGGAAGGGGUGAGGAGGGAUUGCUGCACUUUCAGUGGCUUGACCGAACGCAAAAUGUCAUUGAAGAUGACCAGAUUGUUUUUCCUGAUGAAGCAGUUUUUGAGAAGGUUAAUCAAGCGUCAGGAAGAGUUUACUUAUUGAAGUUUAAAACAGAUGACAGGAAAUUCUUCUUUUGGAUGCAGGAGCCCAAAGCUGAAGAUGACCAGCAGUUGUGUAUCUCCGUUAAUGAUUACAUUAAUCGGCCACUGGAGUUCCUUGAGGAAGAACAAUCUGUUGCUUCCACUCCUCUGCAAGUUUCAGAAGGCACAGUCGAAGAAAAUAUCCCAUCAAGCUCCUCACUACGGCCAGUGAAGUUGGAAGACCUGCAAAGAAUUUUAAGCAACAUUGAGUCUUCUGCAGACAUUGAUGUUGAUCCAGAUGCAGGUUUUGGAUUAGGAGAUUUAUUGAAGCCUGAUCUGAUAAUGCCAUUGUUGGAAACAUUGCCAUUGGAACAGAGUUUAGCAUCGUAUUUACCAGAGGGUCCAUGGUCUCCUGAGGAUAUCUUGGAACUGUUACAAAGCCCACCUUUCCGUCAACAAGUAGAUUCGUUUACUUACGUUCUUCGGACUGGACAGAUAGAUUUGUCUCAGUUCGGGAUAGACCCGAGCAAAUAUAAAUUUACGGUGUUGUCUUUUCUCGAGGCGCUCGAGGAUUCUGUUUCGAAAAUGUCGAGUUCUGAGGCGGGGCAAGAUGAGAAGGAUGUAAGAUCUGAAUCUAACCUCAUGGAUGAAUCAUAGAGUAGGAAGAUAUUGGGAUUCUGUGUUUGCUUAUGGGUUACCAUUCUCAUUGUUUAUUAUUGGCACAGAAAAAGGUUGUUUUGACAGUUUCUGUACUUUCUUAUAUACACUUAACACAGAGGAACUUAGAUCUCCUUUUGAAGAACACAAAAUUGGAAUCUUAUAUAUGAUACGUGACAAUAAUCUUAGUUUCAUAUUCUUAA